UGUUGGGACGUUGUGCGUGACGUGUGUCCUCACCUGGGUACACACGCGCGUUUCAAACUGUGUAAUAACACAAAUACUAGACCUCUGCCUUAUUUCCUUCACUUUUCGGUAAUUUAUUGCCACCUCAUAAUCUCGUGAGAUUACAGUUCUCAUAAAGUAGCUGCGCAAUCCACAGAGCAGUGAUACUAUAGCUCGAAGGUCGCAAAGGGGGGCUGCCACUGGAGCAAUGGAAAACAAGCAGAGAAAGGGUAUCUUGGAGCGCCUGAAUGCUGGGGAGGUGAUUGUAGGAGAUGGAGGCUACGUUUUGCAGCUGGAGCGACGUGGCUAUGUGAAGGCUGGACACUGGACACCAGAGGCUGCGGUUGAACAUCCUGAAGCAGUGAGGCAGCUCCACAGAGAGUUCCUGAGAGCGGGAGCCAAUGUGCUCCAGACGUUCACCUUCUACUGCAGCGAGGAUAAACUGGAGAUCAGUGGCAACGUCACCGACAUCACCGGUGCCCAGAUCAACGAGGCGGCCUGUGACCUUGCCAGAGAAGUAGCCAAUGAGGGUGGUGCACUGGUUGCUGGCUGUGUGUCGAUGACCCCAUGUUACAUGGAGACCCACAGCGAGACUGAUGUCAAGGCCAUCUUUCAGAAACAAAUGAAUGACUUCCUCAAAAAGGACAUUGAUUUCUUUAUUGCCGAGUUCUUUGAUCACGUAGAAGAGGCCACAUGGGCAGUGAAUGUGCUGAAAACCAGCGGUAAAACAGUGGGUGCAACACUUUGCAUCUCCCCUCACGGAGACAGACAAGGAAUCCCACCUGGAGAGUGUGCUGUCAAACUCGUCCAAGCUGGAGCUGACAUUGUUGGAGUGAACUGUCACCUGGACCCUCUGACCGGCGUCCGUACAGUCAAGUUGAUGAAAGAGGGAUUAGAGAAAGCUGGUCUCAAGGCCCAUCUCAUGGUCCAGCCGCUGGGCUUCCACACGCCAGAGUGCAACUUAAGUGGAUACCUCAGCCUUCCUGAGUUUCCUUUUGCACUGGAGGCCAGAGCAAUGACCCGCUGGGACAUCCAAAAAUACGCCAGAGAGGCGUACAAAGCAGGAAUACGCUACAUUGGUGGCUGCUGUGGUUUUGAGUCAUACCACAUCAGAGCUAUAGCCGAAGAGCUCGCUGCAGAGAGGGGAUUCCUCCCACCAGCUUCACAGAAGCACGGACUCUGGGGAGCUGGUCUGGAGAUGCACACUAAACCCUGGGUCAGAGCCAGGGCCUGUCGAGAGUACUGGGAAAACCUCCUGCCUGCUUCUGGACGCCCCAAAUGUCCUUCCAUGGCCACACCAGCAGACGAGUGAACGGCCAGAGCUCAGCUAACAAGCAUAAUCACUUUAGGUCCCUAUUUCCAGAGAUCUGUAAUUGUAUGAGCCACACAUAUAACUACCAGCACACACUGAUUGUUGUAAUCUUAUUUUUCUUUAAUAAUCUAAUGUAACAAGCACUGCUACAUUUGCUGAAGAGGUUUGUAAAUUUUUUUCUGAUUUAGAUUCAAAUGUACUGGAGGUAGCAUGUGAAGGGUUCAAACUUGAAUAAAUUACAAAACAGAAACUAA